UUCAAGCAGUGCGGUUAUGUGCGGGAACAGCCAUGUGAGCAGCACAGCUAAAGCGCACAUAGGCUCCCAGACUGGAUUAGUUUUCAAAACAAAAGCAGUCUACUCCAGGGAGACUUAUGUGCUCCCAAACCACCUAAUCUGUACGCCAGUUACAUCAAGUAAGACCACUAUCAUCGGAAUCCACAAUUUUAUCCUUUAGCUGAGGUUAGGCAAGAAUCACUUCUCUCGCCUAGCCUAUUCAUUUAUAAGAUGACUUAGCCUAACUGCGUACCCUGACUAAGGCUGGUCAAGCGCCACAUGUGCCUCUCUGGUAUACUGGUCAGUCCAAGUACAGUAAGGCGAUUGAGGCGAAACCUGUGUUAAGGGAAAUGGCCACAUCUUCCAGAUGGUCUCGGUACGCGGCAACAAAGUAUUCCCUUGUGGUUCUGUGGUUGUCAGGAUGUGGAGUGUUGUUUUGGCGGACUUACAGAUACUACAAGUACGAGCCAAGCUUCUACUAUGUUCACCAAAUACUUGGGUCCUGUCUGUGCUUAUCCCGAGCGUCCGCAGCCGUGUUAAACCUUACCUGUGGAAUGGCAGUGUUGCCGGUGUGCCGAGUGACAGUUACCACCCUCCGGCACUUCAACGCUAAGAUGAAACUACGGACGAUGAGAAUGCUACUAGAUUGUUGUAAAGGAUUUCAUAUUUGUUGUGCCUAUCUUAUUGUUGGAACGUCCAUGGUACACUUUAGUGCUCAUAUGUGGAACGCGCGCAACUUCUCCAUGUACUAUAAUCACGUGAUUCGUGACGUGAACGCCGCCCUAUACCAGGACCAGGACCCUUUAUGGAUACUUUUACAAACAGUGCCAGGAGUGACUGGUUUCCUCAUGAUGAUUCUGCUUUCCUUAAUUGUCAGUUCCAGCGUCACUAAUAUAAGAAACGUCAACUAUGAUCUAUUCUGGUACUGUCAUCGUCUGUUUGUGCUGUUUUACGUCCUUCUGCUGGUUCAUGCCCUCAAGGGACCAAUCAGAAAACAGAUCAACGUGAACUCCCAUACGCCUGGAUGUCCGAUUAAAAAUAUAACUUCCGGUAACAUGACAUUACUCCCAGAAACACGACAAGAACCAAUACCGGAAGCAGAAUACAACUUUGGGACAGCAUGUGACGAUAAUCCACGUUUUACACAGAUCGGCUGCUAUUCUUGGUUGUGGGUGAGCGGACCGCUGCUGGUGUACGUCUGUGACACUGUCUACCGAUUCACGCGGCGACUGACCCAGGUAAAACUGGUAGCCGUGAAGAACCACCCCUGUGAUGUUGUAGAACUGCAGUUAGAGAGACCAGGAUUCGCAGCUAAACCUGGACAGUUUAUACUUCUCCAGUGUCCCAGGAUUUCGACUUUUGAGUGGCAUCCAUUUUCCUUGACAAUGUGCCCAGUGUCCGAAAGGCCCAGCUUUUCCGUACAUAUCAGAGCACGUGGUGACUGGUCAGAAAAGUUGAGAAAACUGUUAUUAAAUUCACACGACAGAUUAGAGAAUGAAGCCGUGGAAAACAUGCGACAUUGUUUACGAGUAGAUGGUCCAUUCUGCAGCCCAAUGGAGGACGUUAGGAAAUAUAGGGUGCUACUGUGUAUAGCGGGAGGUAUAGGGGUAACACCUUUUAUAUCUCUGCUCACUGCAAUAAGGGAUUCUAAAAAAUGGACCCGUAAACUUCACAGAGUAUGUUUGGUCUGGAUGUGCCGGGAAUAUGAAUCUUUUGGAUGCUUUCAGGAACUGAUAGAAAGCUGCCAUGCUCAGUGCUGGCAAGACAAUCGACCAGACCUCUUUGAUAUACGAUUUCAUUGCACUGGCCAUGCACUUACAAGGCAUCAAAACGACUUCGUCAAAAAGCGUUUAUGCCACGGGCGUCCAAAUUGGAAGGAUAUUUUUUCACAUAUGAAAACUAUACAUAAAAGGUUCGACACAGGGGUAUUUUGCUGCGGCCCUCGUGGUCUGGUGACCGAUGUCAAGUACUGGUGCCACGAGCUCAGUUCACAGCCAAACAGAUUCUUUUUCUACCACGAAUCCUACUGAAAAUGGAAAAUCUGAAAUGCAAAAAUAAUUUUAGUCAGCUAAAAAUAUGUUUAGGUCUGCUAUUAUUUCAGUUAAGUCGUGCAAUGAUAUAAAAUAACAAAACUUUGAUGUUCAAGAAUGUAAUUUAAUUAUGGGUUAACAUGAGUUCCUCAGUUAUCUGAUAGGGCGUCAGGAAAGAGCCUCAAAAGUCCUUUCAGUCACGUGUUUUUCCGUUACUUCACGACCGUUUACUGAGCAAGUUAUAAGCCGUUAUCGAUUGAGAUUUGAAUGUAUUAACUGCAAUGCGACUUUCAUGAAUUAUUCGGAUGGUAUGUUUAAAAAGUGAAGCAUCAGUAGCAAUCUCUUUCAUUUCUUUAUUUUGUUAUGUAUAAUUUCUUAGUCUUCUUUUUGUCUCCAAUUCGUUGGAGCAGUUUUCCUGUUCGCUUGGUCUAAAGGGUACCUUUACCCAGCGCGAUUGCGUCUUGGGUCCCUGUUGAAUUGACCAUAUUCCUGUUAUUAUACACGAGUAAUACUUUAUUUUCUUUUUUUUUGCUCAUCAAAUGUCAUCGCAAAGGCAGGACUGAGCAAUAGAUAUAGUUUAUAGUCCUGAAUUGUUUGGACGGUGAAAGAUUCCCAUUUUCUAACUACGUCUUUAUGGGGUUGAUGGCUUUGAGAAAUAGAACACCCGGAAACUAAUGUUAACAAUGCUUUAAAAUUUGCUCACAAACCCAGGGACAGAUUUAAGUGUGAGUUUCCACUCUUUUUGUUGAGUUGACACAAAAGAAGUCUAAUGCAUUGACAAAGGGUACGUUGGUACCCGGAUGAAUACACUGUAUGUAUAUACCUUACUAAAUACAUGUCUUCCUACAAGUAA